CGGCAGGAUGCGCCAUGUUUGAUACUCAACGCGCUGGAGGAGAAGCAGGAAGUGAGAUCAGAGCGACACGUGCCGUAGGAGCGCAGCAUCGUGAGGGACUUGGCAGGUUGGACCCAUGAGGUGUAACGGAAGGAUAUGACAGUUACUGAUGUUGCUGUGAUGCAGUCAGUGCUGGGCUCCGAACAUCAAAGGUCUGGUUCAUCUGCACCAUGUGCUCUUUGGCCAGUGGACCUCAAGUUAACUCACUUGGACUGGAACCAAGAAGCUACCCUGGUUCACUUCCAAGGACAGCACCUUACCAUUUGUGAACUUGACUACAAAAUCUUGCAAGGAGAAAUACAGAACACACUAAAGACUAAAGCUGCAGUGGAUAUCGGACAGUUUUGCCUUGUAGAGGAUUUAACUUCAGCUCGCUGGUACAGAGGAAGAGUUCAGAAUCGAAAAGCUGACUUGUUUGAUGUUUUCCUCAUAGAUCAUGGUAAUGUCUUGAGUGUCGACAUUGCAAACAUAUUUUCUUGCUCAAACGACUUGUUCAUCCUGCCUCCCAAGAUAGUUUGCGGCUUUCUUGCAAAUGUACUGCUGCUUCAAGGUUGUCCUAAUUCUGCAGUGGAGGAUUACUUCUCAAACCUGAUUGGAAGAAAUGUCACAGGUUACAUCCAAGCUCUCUUGCCCCACAAAGUGCUUUUAUUGGAAACGCCUGAUAUCAAUGUGGACAUUGUUAGACAUGGGUUUGGGAGGCAUGUGGACACAGAUACUUUCCUCCUGCUGGUUGAGAUGCUCACAGAGGUGCCACUUAAACAAAAUGUAGAGCCAGUUCCUGACCUACUCAUUGAAAAGCCAAGGGUGCAAGAAUUUUGCUUCAAGUCACCUGGUUUGCAGGGAUAUGAGGACAUUUUGUCAUUUUGUGGGCCUAGAUUGAAUUGUUGGACACAAGCUAAAGUGUGUAUAACUGCUGCAGUCAACCCUGGGCUGUUUUAUUGUCAGAUGGCCAGUAUGCAAACAGGUCUUUGGGAAAUGUCAAAGAAGCUGGCUGCAGUUUGCGAGUCCAAAACCAAAGGAUGCGGUCAGAAGAGCCCAGAGAACGUGGGUUUACUUUGCUCCGUUAAAGGUAAAGAUGGGAAAUGGUACAGAGGCUUUGUGCAGUUUCUCCCCGUCAACUCUCAAGUUAGAGUAUUGUUCAUUGACUACGGAUUCUUUGAGUCUGUCAAAGUUGAGAACGUUCACAGGUUACCACCUGAGUUCUAUUCAACACCCAUAAUGGCAUUCCCUUGCUCACUCUUUUCCUUGAGCGAUCAGGAUGAGGCCAUCAGAGCCCAGCAGUUGAGUUUUCUUAAGGCAGGCUUGCUUGGAAAAGUGUUGAAUGUAGAGAUCAGAGGUUUUGAUGAAGAACGGCAUCUCUACUCUAUCACAGUAAUCGGUGCUGAUGAUAAUCUUGUGAAGGAACUGGAGCCCAUUCAAGAGCUACCUAAAAUCAAGGCUGAGACAAUUUUUAAAACAGAGGAAUUGUCACCUCAGGGUGGCCGUUCAUACCAUGAGACAGUCAUUUGUGAAUCAUUGAGUAAAACACUGGAAGCAGAAGAGGUCCUGGUAGAUUCAAGCUUUGUGGGCUAUGUUGUGUAUGUUCAGAAUCCCAACCAUUUCUGGAUCAGAACACAAAAAUGCAAUGAUGACUUUGAGGAAAUGAUGACAAAAAUGACAGCUCACUUCAGUCAGGUGGAGCUGGAUGAAGACGUGCUGUUGAAUCCACAGCUUGGGACACUAUGCGGUGCAGUUUAUGAGGAAGACUUGCAUUACUACAGGGGUGUGGUGACAGACACUCUUGAGCAUGGAGCUGAAGUGCUUUUUAUUGACUUUGGGAACAUUGAGAAAGUGCCACACAUGUUGAUCAAGAAAAUACCAGAGACAUUUGCCCACAAGUCGCCAUUUGCCUUCUGUUGUUCUCUUGCUAAUGUUUUGCCUCCGGAUGAAGUCUGGACCAGCACCACCAGUGACUUCUUCAGAAAAGCUGUAUCAAACAAAGCCCUGCUAGUCCAUGUUGUCCAGAUGAGAAAAAACAAAGUUGUUGUUGAUCUCUGUGAGAUGGGAAGUGACAGCAGUCAAAGUAUCACUGAACUCCUGAUCUCUUCAAAACAAGCUGAAUACUGGAACAACAUUCCCAUAGAAAUUGUCUUGCAAACUAACAAAGAUGUGACAGAAAAAACAAGGUGCCCAAGAUAUGGUGUGACGUCAGACAUUCAUGGGAAUAUAGAGCAACUGGCGGAUUGUGAAGAGGAAGAGAAAACAUGCAAAAAUGAAAAUGAGAAGAUCCAAGCCUCGCCUCGCUUCAAAGCACUAAGUAUCAAGCCUGGAUGUGAGUUUGCUGUGUGUUGUUCUGACAUCAGCUCGCCGUCAGAUUUCUGGUGCCAGCAUCUAGCUAAUGUUCCAGCUUUGGAGGAACUGAUGGAUAAAGUUCAGCUAUAUUACUCAACUCACACAGUUGCCCUCCAGUCAGGGGAUUCAUGCUGUGUUGCCAAGUCACCAGAAGAUGGAAGAUGGUACAGGGGUUUCAUCACGGAAAAACACAAAGGUCAUGGCAAAGUGAUAUUGGUUGAUUAUGGCUGUACCAUCCAAAUCAAGGAGGACAGUCUUCAGGCUAUAAUGCCAGAAUAUGUUCAUUUGGAAGGACAAGCUUUCAGGUGCAGUCUUUACAACCUGAUUGAACCUGCUGACCCCAAGGACUGUGGAAAUUGGAGUCCAGAGGCAUACAACUUGCUGAAAGAUUUUGUCCAUGACAGCACCUGUAGCUUAAGAUGUAAAGUUGUCUCUCAGUUGAAUGUGAAAAACAGAGGGGUGUGCAACGUAGUGGACCUUUACAACACUCUAACCCAACAGCACAUAACAAAUUUACUCUUGAAACAGGGCCUGGCAAGAGAAGUGACUGUCUCAACAAAGCAACUGCCAACAGUGUUUCCUGAGUCUUUUGUCUUCUCUUCAUUUGAUCUCAAUCCUGGAAAAGAAGAACAAGUCUACAUAACUCACAUCAGCAGUCAGUGGGAGGUCUACUGCCACCUUGAGAGGAACACCGAUGUCCUUGAAGAGCUUGAAAAGAAAAUCUCAGAGGAGAGUGAGAAAAUGAUGAAAAUCAGUACGAGAGCUUUAGUGAGGAAGCUGUGCCUGGCCAAAUACUUUGAUGGCAAAUGGUACAGGGGCUCGAUACAUCCUGUUCAGUCGCCUCUGCAUCUCAGUGUGUUUUUUGUGGAUUAUGGAAACACAAACAUAUUGGAGAAACCCCACAUCAAGUUUAUCCCCAGAGAUUCGGCUUAUUUGUUGCACACGCCCAUACAGGCUGUGAGAUGUAGCCUUGCUUCAGUGUCCAGGGAAGAGCUCUAUGCCGAUGUCAAGGAAUGGCUCCAGGACACAAUUCUCAACAAGCAAGUGAGAGCCCUCAUAGUUGAAAAGGGCAAAGAUGGCUCAUUUGAUGUUGAACUGUUUGAUGGGGCAGUAAACAUCAAUGAGAAGGUAAAAGAGCUCAUAGCCAGUCUUUCACCUAAACCAAAGAGGGUUGUGAGUUCUGAAAUACGCAGCACAAAGACAGCUCUGCACAUAAGAAGCACAAGGGCUUCAGCCAAGCGCAAGGAUGUAGAGCGCUUAUUACAUUCCCCCACGUCAAAUGCCCACAGAGGGAGUCAAGUAGGCUGUGCAAACCUCAGAAAGAAAGAAACGACAAAAAAAUCUGUUGAUGGCAAAGCCCAGAGCAUGAAAAUAAAAUUAAAAUUGCAAAAUGAGGCCAAAACAAUGAGCUGUGUCCGUGUAAAACCCCAGAAACACUCUCAAGUAGAGCAGCAAAGAGAGUGUCCUGUUAGAAAGUCAGAGCAACCACAGUUUACCAAGAAAACAGAGAUCUCUCAGCUCUCCUGUUUGCCUCACAGCAAAGUGACCAAGGCUUUCAGGGCAAUGUGUUUCAUCUCCCACAUCGACUCUGUCAGUAGUUUUUUCCUUCAGCUGUCAGAGGAUGAACCUGUCAUCUUGAAUAUGCUUGAAGAGCUCAGCUCAGGCAUCCCCAGGGAUUCCUUAAAGAUCACCACAUCUCUGAGAAUCAAUGACCUUGUUCUGGCGGAAUAUGAGGAAGAUGGCGCUCUCUAUCGUUCUGUUGUGAAGGGCUACGAAGGAAGUUCGUGUUUCAAAGUUGAGUUUGUGGAUUAUGGAAAUUCAGCAGUCGUGGGGAAGGAAAAGAUAUACACCAUACCAAAGGAGUAUCUCUCCAAGCCGAGAUUCAGCAUACCAUGCUCCCUGCUGGAGACAAGUGCAUACAUAAAUGACUCUUCUUUCACUGAUGCUGUCAUGGAGAAACCUCUCAUGGUUGAUUUUGUCCGUCAACGUGGAACUCAUUGGGAGGUCAAGAUCGAGAUUCUUGAUGGAGCCGUUGGUUUUCCAGCGCUUGAAGCUGCUGCUGAAAGUUGCACUGAAACUGAAAAGGAAGAGGAGGCUCCUGCAAGCUCAUUGGAGAGAGAAGAGCGAGUGGCAUCCUGUCAACAGAACCACCUGAGAGAAGAAGUGAGUGAAAAUGAAACAACUAAAUCCGAAGAAAUUCUGUUGAUGCCUGCUGUGGAUAGUAAAAACGUCACGCUGAAGCCACACCCUACCAGACUCCCACGCAAAGUGACAGUAAAGACCUGCAGGCACCACAGAAGAACACCCACCAGAAACAAGCAUCGGUGUGAGUUCAGUCAAAGGAAAAUCGUGAAAUCCUCUGUCCAGGUGAGGAGUGACUGCACAGAUACAAGUGUGUGUUCAGUCGUUCAGGCUGAAGACAGAGAGAACUGUACAGUUCUGUCUGUACUGAGUAACGGCAGUUUUUAUGUCAGACUGAACAGAACCAGUGAACUUCUCUCUGCGUUAGAAAGUCUCAUAACUGACAACCUGUACAAGUGUGAGGUGGCGGCUGAAGAGGAUGUCAAACAAGGCUUCAGAUGUUUAGUUCAGGUACACAAGGACAAGCAGUGGCACAGGGCUGUUGUUCAGCAUGUAUGCCGGGGAAAAUGCCAGGUCCUCCUCAUCGAUCAGGGAAGAACAGAAGAAAUUUCAAGCUUGUCAGUCAGGCGACCGUGUGGUGACAUGACAGAAAUCCCAAAUCUUGCAGUUUUGUGCAAAGUGAACUGCUUUGAGUUCAGUGAGGGAGAAGGUGACCACAAAUCCUGGUGUGAAACUCUCAAAUCAAUGACUGGAGGUGAAGUCAAGCUCGUGUUUGUGUGUUAUUCAGAAGCUGAUAAACUUUGGAGGGUUGAAAUAAUCAUGAAUAGACUGUUCCUCAUUGGUCAAGUCCCAGCCUCACUGCAGCAGAAAGAAGAGAUGAUCCCAUCACCUCCUGAAAACCCAAAUGAGAAAGCAGUUGGACAGUCCAACCUGGACACGAGCCCACCUCAGGACCUUGCCUUUGCUCCUGUUGAUAUAGACAAAGUGUACACUGGCUUUGCUGCUGCAGUGACGACUCCCUUUGAGUUUUGGGUCGUUCUAGAGGACUCGCUUCUGACGAUGAACAAAGUGUCCGUAAUGUUGGACAAGCUGUCUGGACAGAUGAGUCCUCUCCCUGAGGCCCACCUCGUCCCUGGUAGCUGCUGCUUGUUGAAAUCAGACACCAGCAGCAAGUGGUGCAGGGCAGAAGUUAUACACUCUGACACAACAGUGAUCCUGAACCUGGUGGAUUACGGCCAUUAUGAAUGCAUACCUUAUGAAAACCGCUCCAAUCUGAAGAAGCUUCCAGCGGAGAUAACAGACUUGCCGAAGGUGACGUAUCCCUGUGUCCUGAGGGGGGUGAAGCCGGUUGGGGUGGAUGGAGAGUGGACCGAUGAAGCAGCAGUCUUCUUCCAGCAGUGCUUGUGCCAGAAGAACCUCCAGAUCUUCUUCAGAGAGUCUGUGACAAACACAAACUGGAAGGUGGACAUUCUGGUUGAUGACGUCCAUGUUGCCAAGGAGCUGGUGGAUGCUGGACAUGCCAGUUAUGUAGACGUCAUGCUGCAACUGAGGUUCCAGGAACAGACGCCCUGUAAAACGGCUCCUCGUAGACCUGAGAGUGAGGACGAGUGUGACCCUGAAGAAGAAGUGGCCGUCUCUGAGAGGAAGUUGGCUCUCUCUGCCGAGCUGACUGAAGCAGAGGGGAAGGUGAUCCACAGCCUUGCGUCCCGAUCAAAUCACUGUUGUCUGAUGUGACAAGGUCGCCCACCUUGUUUUGUCUCGUCUCUAAAAUGACGUCGAGUCCCUGAAGCGAGUUGACUGGAUGGAGCAGUGAAGGAUCACCCGGCGUCCCGUCAAUCAGAUGAAGUGAGACACUGAAUGUUUGGCGCUUUGGCUAAAUGUUGAGCCUCAGUACACUGAGAGCGAGAGCUGUUAAAAACCAACCAACAGCCAACUUCAGAUCACCAAUACUACCUUAAAAUGUUAUUCUGUAAUCUGAUUUAUUUUGUUGACACAGUUUAAGUAACUUUUCUGAGUUUUUUUGACGUCAGCAACACUUGUUGAUUUUAUUUAAUGCACAAGAAAUCUGAGUUAAAAGCAGUUCAAUUCAUUUUGCGUGUAUAUUUAAACAGUUAACAAUACUUUGUUUAAAAACAAUUACGUUGGACGGUAAAACCUGCAGCGUUUUAACGAGGUGAACUGAAUAUAAAGAAGCUAAGCAGAUUUUAUAGGCAGUUUGUAAACAUGUGUACUUUAUUAGUUUUGAGUUUCAGUGACAUUUGACAGGAAAUGUUUUCCAGAUUAGAAAAUAUAACCUGCUUAUCACUUCCCACAGUUUGGUUUGACGUAUUUACAUUUUAGUGGCGUGUGUUGAACAAAUUUUGAGUUGAAUGUAAAACCUUUUCAGGUGCAAAAUUAAAUGUUCACUGAU